GUCAGAAUAUCACGCUCUUUUCUUAGACGAUAGCGGGCAUGAUAAACGCCUUUUGAUGAGGUGCCUUCCAGUCUUGCUUGCGGUCCUUCUGGGGAAGCAUGUCCGCCGCGAUCUGCCGUGGGAAUCGUGUCUUUAAUAUAUAGGCCUACCUGUGUUCCCGGCGUAGGAAUCGGGGCUGUGAUAUAUAGGCCUACCUGUGUUCCCGGCGUAGGAAUCGUGGCUGAGCUAUAUAAGCCUACCUGUGUUCCCGGCGUAGGAAUCGUACCUUUGCUAUGGGCCUACCUGUGUUGCAGCCGUUUGAAUCGUGACUUCGACCUACCGGCGUCCAAACGUCCGAUUAGCAGGCGUUGCUUUGAUGCAAUUGCGCCUCACGGGGUCACUUUGGCGAAGAACCUGAGGAGGAGGAAAGUCUGUCCUCGUCAUGAGUGAGGUGCCGGCGGAGUGUGGGGUCCAUGAGGAGCCAUUGGCGCCGCCGCUGCCCCUCGCCAAAGGCAUGGGCGGCGACGCGGAGGCAGAGGAAGUCGUGACGCCCAUUAAGAUGACGAACUGCAUAGCUCGUGCCAUGUACGACAAUGUCGCCGAGUCACCCGACGAGCUGGCUUUCCGUCGUGAUGAUGUGCUCACUGUGCUGGAGCAGAACACAGCUGGCAUGGAAGGGUGGUGGCUGUGCUCCCUGAAAGGACGACAGGGCAUUUGUCCGGGCAAUCGGCUGAGGAUCCUGCCCGGCGUCUACGACACAGGCACGGGAAUGGCCAGCCUGUCCUCGCUCAGCUCCCCCAACAGCGCGGCCACCACCUCCCCCACCACGCCUGCUCGCCUCUCCACCACGAGCCCUGUUCCGAGACCGCAGCGACCCCUCUCCAACAAGGUGGUCACCCCAAGGCGAGUGGGAGACAUUUAUACCUAUGACACUCCUCGUCCAUAUGCUCAAACCGCGCAGCUAGACUAUGAUGUUCCACCCACAAGGCAUCGCCCCCUUGAUGGAGGGGGUUCCCGUUUGUCACGAAGCAGCAGCCUUAGAUACGACUCACCUCGGCAGCACAUGCGCUCUUCCUUGGACCAGUAUGACGUUCCACGAUCUCAGUACGAUUCCCCCAAAGUGCGGCCACUUUAUGACUCCCCAAAGCCCCAACAGCUCUAUGACUCGCCCAGAUCCCACCAGGAUAGUCACCGUGGUAGUGCGCCUAGAAGCCUUAUAAAGGGUGUGCGGGGUGGAGCUCCAUCGAGCCAUCAGAUAGCUAGUGAUAACCAGCAGGAGUACGACGUGCCAAGGCCCACCAAUGCUACCCAUGAUUCGCACUAUGACAUGCCUCCCAGUGAUCGGUCCAGCGGAGUGUCUAUUAUGUCGUGUGAGUCGUCUCAGCUCUCCACUUCAUCCUCAGCUUCCUCCCUUGCAGCCUCAGAGUCGCUCUCACUGUCUUCUCUCGGAGGAUCCUCCAACAGAUCGAGUUUAGAAUCCCAUGACGUGUAUGACAUCCCCCCUGAGCCUCGACGGGUAUCAGAGCCCCAGCGACCCAGGCUUCCUCCAAGGGAAUCCAAAGACACCAGAGAUGCUUAUGAUGUCCCUCGUUCAGCACAUCAUAUAGGCCUUGACACCUAUGACACACCACCCUCCCGAGGGCUCCGCAUCCAGGCCAUGCGUCCAGGAGAAGCGCUCUAUGAUGUGCCACCUCAGGUCAGUCGGGACGUUCGCCAACCCGAUUCGGUGGACGCAGCACCAAAUCGCCUCUCUUCAGGAUCGGACUCCUCAGGUGGAGACAUUGACAUUGGCUAUUGGAAGGAGCUGCCCUUGGAGCUGGACUCUGCUGUUGACACACUAGCAAAGUUACAGCAGGAGGUUUAUGGAGCCAUAGAGAAGCUGAAAUCGGUGCAUCAGACAUGUGGAUGGCUGUCAAGAGACACAGUAGAGGACUCUGAAGAGGACAUGAAGGUAAUAAUCUUCCGUCUCCGGCAAUCUGUACACGAAAUGAUAGAAUUUGGGCAGGGCUCUGUUGUCAAUGCAGCGAGAAAUGGAGAGAGAGGUGUUGCUCGGAGGCUCCAGCGUCUCUUGGAACCAAUCAGUAAAACGGCAGCUGUCAUAGAUGAUGCUUGGAGUAGGUUGCAGUCAGGGAGCUGGACCCAAGCUUUAACCUGUGGCACAAACCCAGAAAAUCUGAAUCAGCUGGUCACAAUAGCACACUCUCUUGCUGACGAUGUUGAUCACCUGGCUUCAACCAUCCAGAACAAAGUAACCCUUAUUUUUAAAAGGUCUCCCAGUCUGGAUGUGUCCGGAGGUAUCCGGCAGCAAGGGACGGAUGAUGAGAAGACUCCUGUUCAGGAAAGACCUUUGCCUGACCUCCCUGAGAAGAAGUUUGAAAAUAUGUAUGAAAAUGACUCAAGAAACUGGCUGGAAGACUAUGAUUAUGUAAAUUUAGAAACGCGGGAGAGUGUGGAACGUGAGCAUGAAGAAAUUAAAAAGGAAUUGCCAGCUCAGUUGCGCAAAUCAUUCGACAAUUUAGUAAAACAGUCUCAAUUGAUUGUGGACAGCGAUCAUGAGAAAGCGUUACAAAAGGACGAUGCCCUUUGCACAACGCCCAGCAAGCAAGGAAGCCAGAACUUGGACCCGAAUGACCGACAGGUGAUUGGAUUCUACAGCACGCAAGCGGAACUGCACCUCCAACAUUUGAACACAGCCAUUGAUGCAUUCUUGCUUACAGUCGAAAACAAUCAACCCCCAAAAGUAUUUAUUGCUCACUCCAAAUUUGUUAUCCUUAAUGCACACAAGCUGGUGUACAUUGGGGACACAGUUCACCGCAAUGUCGUGAACCCAGAGAUCAGAACUCGAGUUUUGAACUGCUCGAAUGCCCUCUGUGAUGCAAUGAAGAACACAGUCUCUGCAGCAAAGACAGCAGCUUUGCAGUUCCCAUCAGUUGUAGCAGUCCAAGCUAUGGUUGAUGCCUUCGUGGCCGUUUCUCAUUUGGCAAACAACCUUAAGCAGGCUGUAGCUGCAGCUCCACUAUGAAUAUAUACACAAGACUAAAUGUAUAGUAUGGGAUGCAUAUCGCAUAAUGCUGAACAUUUUGUUGUGCUCAGGACCAGUGUAGAUAUCCUUCACUGACCAUUGGAAGCCACUGAGAAGAUCCUUGCCUCUCCCUGGUGCUAUGUACAGAAUGCAGGAGAUGCAGGCCAGAGUAUUGACUAUAAUGUAUUCAUUCCAAAUUAUUUUUGGAACUUUAGUUUAGUUAUUUAAUAUUAAUGCAAAAAAUGUGUUGAAGCGAAGUAAACUUCCUAUGAGUUAGGAAUUUGUGGGUGUGAGUUAAGUUAUAAAUAAUAUGAAUUUUGUAACCAUCUUGUGUUGUGUAAGAAAGAAAUCAUUUGAGAAUUAAAUGCAAUGUUGCUGCUAGACGAAAGCAGUAAGCAUUCCAUGUCCUGCAAAUCACUUAUGUAUAUAUUGCCAUGAUUUUUUGUAUUUAUUUUUGCUUUGUGUAUGUGUGAUCUGUUAUGUAAUUUUACAACACAAAAAUAAUUGGGUUAUUGUCAUUGGUUGAUACGACUGCAGCAAGGAGUCAGUGCACCAUUUUCUCUUCCUUUACCAUGCUGAUUUCUAAUGAAGAAGAAGCAAAAAUCCAAAUAUGAACAAUUGCCUUUCUAGUGAUUUCUGAAAUUUACAAUACAAGCGCCUCCUAGUUGUAUACCUUCUGAACAAAGCUUCCUAUGUAGCAGAUCUCCUUCCUGAUGGUGAGCACUUCUUUCUACUGUGUUCACUGGUGAUGAGGAACAAGUAACCCCAUCUAGCUGUUAGGAAUUAGAAGUGUACACAUGUCUAGUAUGAGUAUAUAUAUAGUAUGUAAAGAAAUGUCAAGAUAUUUUGUCAGAAAUUAUCUAAACUUGAAUGUUGAAAGGGAUAAGAUGUGAUUUUUAUUAGUAUGCCUCAUGGUAUUGAUACCAGUUUAUUCCUUGGUGUAGCUGACUUUCCCAUCCUCUGUAACGUUUUUUGGGUACUGACUUCCUCAGGUUGCAGUCAAGAUGGUGGAAUUCCAAAUUCCCAGGCUGUGAUUUUAGCGUUUAAGUAACAAAUAAUUUUAAUUGCUUAUUCUGUGUAAAUAGGAAACAUUCUCGAUGCCAAUGUAUAUAUUUUAAGACACUUGAGAAAUUGUUACAAAGAAGACUUGGAGCAUGUUGGAGCUUUGUCAGAGAAACUCUGUCUGUUACCUCCGAGCCAACGGAGUAACAUUUAGAAGCAGUAGGAAACCACUGUCAUAUCCUCAUGGUUAGCUGCCCUCCUUAGGUGCCCAGGCUAGUAUUUUAGCCGCAUGUUAACACAGAAAUCAAAAAAGAAGUGCUAUGCAUCAAAUGGUCCUCUUGCUUGAUUAGCUUUACCAGAACCCUACCAGGUGUUUUCAAUGUUCCCUUGGCAUGUUAUCAUGGUUGAUUAGCAUUGUUGUUGUUGACAAUGUUUAGACUAUAUUAUGUAGUUUGUAUUGACUAUUUCAAAGCUAACCAGUGUUAUCUACAGGGUAUAACCAAGCUGAGUCUCUGUAGGUUUUUGCCAUAUUAUUAUUAUGGUCAUUGUCAUGCUAUGCCAUAGGCUUAUUGCCAUAUUGUAGUAUGGUUAUUGCCACAUGAUGCCAUAUGGCUGUUGCCAUAUCUAAUUAUGGUUAUUGCCAUGUUAUACUCGUGGUCUUUCCUCUUGAUGUUACUAAACUGCCACUUCCAACUGCCAGUGUGUAAGGAGUUUAGCUAUAAAGAGAGAAAGGGAGAAAAACAGAAAUUCCAUCAGUGAUUCAUAUCCAUGGAAAUAGGUGUUGUCCAGUUGUGCUUCUAUUUUAAGUUAAAGGAAACUCACAUUUUUUGAAAGAUAAAGGUGAGGCAGUCUUCUUUGCAGGCAUACGUUAUGAUAUUCAGCUUCUUCUAAGAAGUGGAUAUGCUUUAUGAAGAGAUAAAAGUAAAUUGAACACUUUAAGGCCACCACCUACUGUAGUUCCCAUAUAGAAAUACCAUCUCAUAUUUACACCCAAAAAAACAAGCAAACUAUUGUAGGGAAGUCAACCCUAAGUCAGUUCCACCCAUUACAACGAGUACCAGGAUCCCUUCCUGAGAAACCCCCUCUUACAGAGUGUAUUAGCUAGCGAUUCUUUAAAUCUGUUGCUCCUCCACUGUGUAUAGCGAGUCCUGACACCCCCAACCUGUCCAUGUGUCUUUGUGCAUAUUGUGUGAAGAUAUAAUUACCUCUUGUUUUUUGUACCUAUAUUUGAUAAUAUGUAAUGUACUUUAACAGGCCAACAACAUAACCAGGUUAAUAAAAUAACUGUGUAUGUAUUUGA